AUGGGGUUAAAGGAUUCAUUUGCCAGAGCCCAGGUUGGAGACAGUUCAGGUGAUCUCUGGGGAGAAGCGGCGGCUCGGAGAGAGCCCGGGGGCAGGCGGGGGCCGCGGGGCGACAAACCCGAGACCCGCUCCGUGUGCGGCAGCGACAGCGGCAGCGACAGCAACCCCGGCGGCGCCGGCCCCAUCUGCAAGAUCUGCUUCCAGGGCGCCGAGCAGGGUGAAUUGUUAAAUCCCUGCCGAUGUGAUGGGUCAGUACGGUACACACAUCAAUUGUGUCUCUUAAAGUGGAUCAGUGAAAGAGGGUCAUGGACCUGUGAGCUCUGCUGUUACAGAUACCAUGUUAUAGCAAUUAAAAUGAAAAAACCUUGCCAGUGGCAACGCAUUACAAUAACACUGGUUGAGAAAGUGCAGAUGAUUGCUGUAAUCUUAGGAUCUCUGUUCUUAGUAGCAAGUGUGACUUGGCUUCUAUGGUCAGCCUUCAGCCCCUAUGCAGUAUGGCAAAGAAAGGACAUCCUUUUUCAAAUCUGCUAUGGAAUGUAUGGUUUUAUGGAUCUAGUGUGCAUAGGACUAAUUGUACAUGAAGGUGCAUCAGUUUACAGAGUGUUUAAGCGCUGGAGGGCUGUUAAUCUUCACUGGGAUGUAUUAAAUUAUGAUAAAGCUACAGACAUAGAAGAGAGCAAUCGAGGAGCAUCUUCACCGGGUAGGACAUUGUGGUUACCACUAACUGCAUUUAGAAACAGAAAUUUAAUUCAUCCAACACAGUUAACCUCUCCAAGAUUUCAGUGUGGCUAUGUAUUGCUGCAUCUGUUCAAUCGAAUGAGACCUCAUGAGGAUUCAUCAGAAGACAACAGUUCUGGAGAGGUUGUGAUGAGAGUGACCUCAGUAUAAAGAUAAUGCUCACUGUGCUACACAAAUAAGGAUAAUGUGGCCUGGACUUUACAGUACUCCGGAAUGUAGUUGCAAUGAAUGGUGAUACCAUAGCACUUCUAAAAAUAUUUAGAACUUUUAAAACAUUUAAUGCUUUUUGUAUGAUCAGUUGAAUUGCAAAUACAUUUUUCUGAAAAAGUUGUUGCUUGCUUUUUUA